AUCACCGACGACUGACUCCGCAGCCCACCAGACGCACACCGACACCGCCGCACCAACAGGUGACCACGAGUCGGAGAAACAUGAAGCCCUCCAUGGUCAACAGCAGUACUACUUCCGUCUUGGUCCUAGUUUUAGUUGGAAUUGUUUUAUUUGUAACGACAACGAAUGCAGCUCCACAUAGCCCCAAAUUCUAUUACCCUGCAUACUAUUCUCCACUUUCAUUCGAUGGACAAAACCCAGAGUAUCUUUUACAAGCUAUCGCCAGACUAAGAGAAGCACUCAUCAACGAUAACGACUUAGAAAACGUGUGGAAAAGGAGUCCCAGUCUAAACCCAGGAGAUGACUUUCCCAUGUGGGGGAAGUACUACGAGAAUCAGCAUGAGAAGCAGAAGAAGAGAAAAACCGACUUUGGCACCGACAGGGGAUAUUCUGGACAACAAGAACACAACAUGCGUAUGAACAAGUAUCUGCUGGAAUAUGUUGGAUAAUUGAGAAUAUUUAGGCUUCAGGGGAAAAAUGAAAUAUACAUAUUUGCCUCCUUUGACAAUAUUAUGAUGUACAAAGUGUUUUGUAUUUGACAACUCAUACUAAUACCAUUUUGUUUCAACCAAAAUAUAAAAUCUUCUAGGUGUAUAUAAAAUUUGAUUAUAUUUUUGAAAUUUGAGAAAUUAGUUCGUGUUUCUCCCUCUUACAUGGGUAAAUUCGGUGUGUCAAUUUCAUUUUUCUCGAUAUUGUAACUGAUGACAAUGUACAGUAUUAUUCCUAGCACAAAUUGUUUGUACAUAGACAGAGCGAUGCAAAAUGUAAAUCCUUAAAGAUAUUAUUGGAACAGUGUAAGUUUUUUACAAAACACAAGACGCUAACAUUUUUUCGGAACAUUCUUUUAUCUGAAACCAUUGUUUCUUACUUUUUUCUUCGCUGACUUUGAUAAGGCGCCUCUUAUACACUAUCUGUCGAUCUACAUGAUAUUUAUAAAGAUACAUAUUUUUUUUAUCGAUAAAAUAUUUUGAACAAUAGCUCUACUUUAUAUGAAAACUGUUUAGGCAGUUUCCUACUAAAAUAUUUCCAAGGAAACAACAUUAUUUUGCAUGGUCCUGUCGUUCGAUAACGUAAUUUAUUUAUUGUAUUCAAAUGAAAAGUAAACAAUUGAUAACAAUA